AUGUCUCGUUCCCGAUCUGUUCCGACAACGUUAAUGAUGAGAAACAGGUUUGAUUGGAGGCAGAGAGAUGAAGAUGGAAGGUCGCAAAGAUGGAGUAGAGAGAAGAGAGGGUUUUCAAUUUCUUUUUGGUACAGGAAAAAAGAGCAACAAAGGAAAUCAUUCAGUCACAACAUAAGCCUUAUUCCCAGCAAAUCCCAUACCCUUUUUAUCAUUGGUACUGCUUCAGGUUUUUAA